AUGGAUAAAUCAAUUAAGAGUAUGAAACGUGAAAAUGAACUAUUAGAUGCUGUCAAAUCAUCUCAUACAUCUUCAGUUCAGCGUAUUUUAGUAAAAUGUCGCUCAGGAAAAACAAAUAUUGUAUCUCCAAAAAAGAUUAAUCUCAAUUUUCAAGAUGAUAAUGGAAUGGGCUCGAUUCACGAGGCAGCCGUCGGGGGUAAUGUCGAAAUCCUUAAGCUGCUCAUCGAUAAUGGUGCCAAUGUAAAUUUAAAAGAUAACAAAGGUCUUCGUCCAUUACAUUACGCAGCAUGGCAAGGUCGUAGUGAACCUGUUUUUAUACUUUUACGUCGUGGUGCUAAUGUAAACGAACAGUCAACCAGUGGUGAUACACCAUUACAUUUAGCAUGUCAAUAUGGUCAUAAUGAGAUAGUACAAUUACUUUUAUUUCAUCAAGCUGAUCCUACUAUAGUAAAUCGUCGUAUAUUAACAUCACUUGAUUUAGCAUGCGAAAAUGGACGUUUCGAUGUUGUUAGUUCACUUGCACAAAAUUCAUUAUGUCAAAGAAUGAUAUUAAAUAAUAAUGAACAAAAUUGUGCAUUACAUUUAGCAGCUAGAAAUGGUCAUACAGAUAUUGUUCGUUUAUUACUAUUGAAUGGAAUGGAUAUUAAUCGUACGACAAUUAAUGAUGGAACAGCUUUGCAUGUGGCUUGCAGGAAUGGACGUUAUGAAACCGCUAAACUAUUAUUAGAAUGUGGUAUUGAUGUUAAUCUUUGUAAUUCCUAUGAACAAACAGCAGAAGAAGUUGUUAUUAAACAAAAAAGUGGAAAUGAUAUAAAACGUUUAAUAAAAGAAUUUUCUGAUGCAGUAUUGGUACGUGCAGUUCGUUCAUACACGGAUAAUCAUGUUGGAGCAUUGAAUUUUUCCGAAGGAGAUUGUAUUACGGUUUUGGAAAGGAAUUCAUCAGGACAAUGGCGUGGUUUUAUUCUUCAAGAAGAUCUAACUACACGGAUGGGCUAUUUUCCGCAUACACAUGUUCAAUUGAAUAAUAAUAGUGAGCUUUGUGAUGUAAUUAACGGUAAAGAAAUGCGUCAUACAACAUCGGAUGACAUUCAUCGAACACAACAAUACAAUGGUGAUUUAUCUCCUGUCGAUAGUGAUUCUAUAUCUCGUGUUUCACAAGCUGAUUCUGGUCUAGUAACAACAUCUAGUUGGAGUUCACGUUCGCGACGUGACAGUCCAACAAGUAAUAGCUAUCGGCAUAGUGCAGCAAGUAGUAUCGAUAGUGGAAGAAGUUCAACAGCUUUAUAUGAUAGUCCAAAAACUCUUGCUUUAUCAAGUUUUAUGGGUGUAACAACAACAAUCAGUCCAUUGUCAUCAGCAAAUAAUUCAACGAUUGGCGAUGCACGUUCAAUAUGUAGUAGCGAAUCAAAAUCAUCGGAUCAAGAUAAAACCAGUUAUCGUAGUUCAAAUAGUAGUUUAGAUCGUUUAGACGAAUCAAACACUCUGAAUAUAAGUACAACUAUACAUACAUUGUUACGUAAUAGUGUUCCAGAAAAUGAAAUAGUCGUAUCUUGGUUACGUGAAUUUUCAUUUGAGAAUUAUGCUGACAAUUUUCUAUCGAAUGGUUAUGAUAUACAAACUAUUGUUCGAAUGACACCUGAAGAUUUAACAGCCAUAGGUAUUACACAUCCAUCACAUCGGCGAAAAUUAAAAAAUGAAAUAACUCGUUUACAUUUACCUGAUGGCUUACCUGAUAAAAAACCAGAAACACUUAAUGAUUGGUUGUCUGCUCUUCGUUUAAGUCAAUAUUUAUCUUUAUUAAACGAACAAAAUUAUAUACAACUAUCAGAUAUUAUGGAUAUUGCUUGGGAAGAUCUAGAAGAUAUUGGCAUUACUCGCCUAGGUCAUCAAAAACGUUUUAUGCUCGGUAUUAAACGACUAAAAGACAUAAAGAAAGGUCUCUUUCAAGUCAAUACAAAUUCAUCAACACAAUCACCAACAGUUGUUCCAUCAGCAAACAAUCAUCGUUUACCAUCAACACCCUCAAGGCAAUCAAAUGGAUUAAAUAAUCGACCAAAUGUUCCCGUACGACAAACAAAAUCUUCUCUAGAACGUUGUAAUUCUCUCGAGAACAAUAGUAUAUUACCAGCACAAUUAAGCAUUCGAAAACCAUCAAUACAAAUAUCUCAUCUUUCACCAACACGUGUAACUUCAAAUGGCGAUUCAUCAAAUUAUGCUACUCUUCGAAAACCUCCAAUAUCACCAAAAAUAUCUCUUAAUAAACAACAGCAAAAACUUAUUUCAAAUAUUGUUAGUCCUAUGGCAACGUCAUCGUUUCGUUUACCACCUCCAUUAUCAUCAACAACAAAUAGUACCAAUACACCUGCGAACAAUGAAUUAUUGUCAUCUUCAUCUCGAACACGUAGUUUAGAAAAUAUAAAUUCAAAUGAACAAAAUCAAUCGUCAGUUUUAUCACAAAAUAAUACGAAUUCAUCUUUGAUAAAUGGCAAUUGUUCACAAUAUAAUCAACGUUCGAAUAAAAUAACUAAUCUUGAAUCGUUAGGUGAUGCUAAUCUAUCAUCAAGUACAGAAUCAACAAAUGGUAUUCCAUUUGCGAAUGAAAAUGUUGGAACUAUAAAGCAACGUUCACCGCAUACUCAAAAUAAUAAUUAUUUAUUUAAUGGAUCAUUAGAUAAAAUGAAACGUUCAUUACCAAUACAAUUUUUCGAACAAUCAAAUACGCAUCUAUUGAAACCUUCAUAUCCAAUGACAACAGCUAUUUAUGAUAAUAAUGAGCGAUUUAUUCCAACAAACAUAAUGUCACCUAAUAAACCCAUACGAAAAAAUUCAGCAUUGUCACCAGCACAAAUGAACGGAAGAAAUAAAUCUCUAGGAACAGGAGAUAAACGUGUACAAUACAUAGAUAUUAUUAAGGGUGAUAAACAAAGUAAACCAGUCAAAAACGAUACAACACAUGCGUUGUCUGAUAUUGACUCAAUGCUCUCUGAUCUCAAUCGAGAGCUUGAUCAAAUGCUUGAUUAUGAACCAAUGUCUGCUGCAGCUCAACCUUAG